GCGGCGGUGUGGUGCGUCAUCGCCGUGCGCGCGGCGGCUGUCGGCGGGGCUGUGGGCGUCUCGGCCGGGGGUAGCGGGAGCGGUGCCGCUUCUGUCCGCGACUGGGCCCAGGCGCUGUCCCGGGCCUCCUGCGGGCGUCGGUUCCCGCUGGUCGCCGCCGCCAUGAGUCAGUUCAGCUUCGGGUCGGGUGCCGGCGGCGGCGGCGGCUUCACUUUCGGCACGCCGAAGACGGCGGCCACCACGGCCACGACCGGCUUCUCCUUCUCUACGCCCGCCUCCUCGGGCGGCUUCAGCUUCGGAAGCGCGUCCCAGACGGCGUCCAGCAGCCAGCCCACCGGGCUCUUCUCCUUCAGCACGCCGGGCACUGCUGCGCAGCCGGCCAGUUUCAGCUUCGGGACGCCGGCCCCGGCGUCCGCGGCCGCGACCCCGUCAGCGAGCGUGUUCCCGCUGGGGGCAAAUGCACCAAAGUUAAACUUCGGCAGCACCACUGUGACUCAGGCUACGGGAAUCACAGGGGGCUUUGCGUUUGGUAGCUCUGUCCCAACCAGCGUGCCCUCAAGUCAAGCAGCAGCCCCUUCUGGCUUCACGUUUGGAUCUACUGGUACUGCCACCACCACUGCUCAGUCUGGGACAACUGGAGGGUUUGCUUUUUCCAGUGUUACCACUAGUCAGGCCGGAACAGCCAGUUCCACCAUUGGCACUGCAGCUCCACAAGUAGCUCCCACAGGGUUGACCUUUGGAAUAGCGCCUACAGCUGCGGCCACCACUGCUGCCACCUUAGGAGCGACAACGCAGUCAACAGCCCCCUUUAGCCUUGGGGGGCAGCCUGCAGGGCUAAACUUUGGGUCAUUGCCUUCAACAGCAGCCACGAGUGCCCCUGUGGCAACGCUGGCUACAAGUACCAGCCAGAAACCCGCCCUGUCCUUUGGAACCAAACUUGGAGUAACAUCCACAGCUGCUACAACUGCCGCCGCCGCCACCACCACAACCUCCAUUCUUGGUUCAACGGGGCCUACGUUGUUUGCAUCUAUAGUGAGUUCUUCAGCACCAACAUCGUCUACCACCACGGGCCUCUCACUUGGUGCCCCGUCCACUGGGACAGCCGGUCUUGGAACGCUUGGGUUUGGAUUAAAAGUCCCUGGAACAACAGCUGCCACAACAAGCACUGCAGCUAGCACUACUACUGCUUCUGGCUUUGCUCUGAAUAUUAAGUCAUUAACUACGACUGGUGCCAUUGGAGCUGGGACUUCUACAACUGCCGUAACCACCACCACAACAACCAGUGCGCCUCCAGUGAUGACUUAUGCCCAGCUGGAGAGUUUGAUAAACAAGUGGAGUCUGGAACUGGAAGACCAGGAGAAACAUUUUCUCCAUCAAGCAACGCAAGUUAAUGCUUGGGAUCAGACUCUGAUAGAGAAUGGGGAGAAGAUUACUUCGUUACACAGAGAAGUAGAGAAAGUGAAGCUUGAUCAGAAGAGACUGGAUCAGGAACUAGACUUCAUUCUGUCACAGCAGAAAGAGCUUGAAGACUUGCUGACCCCUCUGGAGGAGUCUGUGAAGGAACAGAGCGGGACUAUCUACUUGCAGCAUGCGGAUGAAGAACGGGAGAGGACCUAUAAACUGGCUGAAAACAUAGAUGCUCAGUUGAAGCGUAUGGCACAAGAUCUGAAAGACAUCACUGAGCACUUGAAUACAUCAAGAGGCCCAGCAGACACAAGUGACCCGCUUCAGCAGAUCUGUAAAAUCUUGAACGCACACAUGGAUUCAUUGCAGUGGAUUGACCAGAAUUCAGCCGUGUUGCAGAGAAAGGUCGAAGAGGUGACCAAGGUUUGUGAGAGCCGCCGCAAAGAGCAAGAGCGCAAUUUUCGGUUUGCAUUUGACUGAAAGACUCAAAGUUUCAAGGAUUACCGUAACAUCUCCAGAGAAGAGAGAGGUUGGUGGGGACCUAGGUCUCCAGUGACGAUCUGGGUUGGUUUCUCUUCUUGCAAUAAAACUUGUUGUUUGUUCCAAAGCCAGUCUUUGCAGUGUCUGACUGGAAUUCCCCCACUCCAGCCUGAGAGACAGCAUGAGGUUUGUGCUGGAAGUAGGUGUUCCUCCUCCCUGUUCUUCCUGACUGCCUGCAGGCUGGUGAGAUACACAAAGGCUGGCCCUGAGGGAUUUAAGCUGUCUGUGCCUCCAUGGCUGAGCUCUGCAGUGCUUAAAAGUAACUUGAUUGUGUUCAGCUGGGCCUUCAUGAGCUUUGACUCAGGUCCUUACAGAGGCAGUUUAAGGAAGAGCUGUCCUCAGAAGGAGCUGCAGCAGUCUGAGAGACUCGGAUUCCUCCUGUCGCUGCCUGGAUUUUGUGUUUAAGUUUGGUAUGCUUCCACUUGUGAAAGUGGGCCUUGUUUUCUGUACUUUUGGGUAAUAAACUGCUUUUGUGCAGGUACCUGUAAGCAGAAUUUCUACUCAACUAAAAAUUAUUAGAUGUGCUAUUAGAAAAAUGGU